AUGCGGAAGGUGUGGAGGAACAUGGAGAGGAUGGAUAAGUGCCUAAUACACACAUCAAGGGCAGUCACGAAAUGGUUCGAUGACCAGAACCCCAUGGAAGUCCUUCCGCAGCCAAGCAAAGCAUGUGGCUCAGAACCGAUGAAAACAGACGUUCACAGGGGUCGCUGGUCAAGGGAAAGGAAGUGGACACUUUGCUUGUUUGUUGACAUCGCGGCCAACUCAUCGCGGCGGGACGGGCAACCACGGACGCUGCCUGCUCUCUCCUCACGACGUUUCUCGGGCUUCUUCCGAAGGUGCCACGGCUCCGGCAGACGGCUGUGCUCUCGAGGAACACCGGCUCUGGAGGUGAACUCGCAGUGUGGACUGCAGCGCCCGCAGCAGAGACACCUGCAAGUGCUGAUACUUCCCAAGGAGAGAAGGCUGCAUCUGCAUCUGCCAGCUCCACCCCAACCCCAUUCCACCUCCAGCAGCAGAAGCCUCAAGUGCCUCCAACACAGCAACCAACACAGCAACCACCACAGCAGCAACCACAGCAGCAAGCAACACAGCAACAGCAACAACAUCCAGGCUAUCCAGGGUUUGGUGCGGCUCGAGCCCCUGCCCCUCAGCAUGGAAUGUAUCUACACAUCCAAGGACAACAUUAUGGGGCUGGAGGUGAUGUGUCAGGAGGGGCAGCUCCAAGAAGUGGUGUUCCCCCAAACACAAUGACUCCAGGUGCUGCUGGCAGCACGGCUGCUGUUGGUCCAGCACAGCAACAACAGUACUACCAAGGAUAUCAGUCCCCUCCACAGUUUCAAGGAUAUCCAGUGAGUAGUAGCCAACCUGCUGGAUAUCCCCAGCAGUAUCCAGGGCAACAGUACCCACCCACUUACACACAGGCAGGGCCACUAAAUCCUGGACCCCAGGCUGCCCAGCAAGGCCAACCCACUGGCCCACGACCACCAAUGAGCAGAUAUCCUGCCCAGCCCAGUGGCUUCCAGCAGCAGUGGGGCCAGUGAAAGGAUUGUUGCAUUGAAUCCAGUAGAAAAGAACAGCGAGAAGUAGAAAAUCACUGCAGCAUUUUACUCUCUUCCAUCAGUAAUGGAAAUAAUUGGGGAACCAAAUGAUUUGACUUCCAUGAUGUAGCACCUGUUCAUUUUAGUGUAUUGUCAAGUAAAUAAGAAAUAAAUAUUAUUUAGAA